AUUGGGCUAUGGAAAAAUAAAUUCCAUAAUGUCAAUAAAGAUAAUUUAUGUAUAAAGAAAAUCGCUUCUAAAACUUCAGCAUCGUACCUUGCGUGACAGAUUUUUUUUCAAUAAGAUUGUUCAUUACUUUAUGAGGUAAUUAUGAUUCAUUGUGCGAUCCAUUUGCACCAUUACGUUUGAUUUUAGCUCAAGAUAACACCGCUGCUGUAGCGCUUUGUCACGGACUACAUUAUAUUCAAUCGCUUACACCAACGCGACCGACAUGUUGACUAAUGAAAACCAUUAUAAAUUACUGAUGCCUUCAAAUGUUUCGGCUUUUGAGAAUUUAGCAAAAAGCGCUGCAAUAAUAGCGCUUAACAAUUUCGAAUGGAGAUUCACAACUUUUGUAUUCUACAACAUGACUAUUUUGUACGGUAUAGACUUCUUUGUGAAGAAAUACAAGAAAACUUUAAUCCUAAGCAAUGGUCACUUUUAUCCACGAUAUGCGGAAAACAUUCAUCAGUAUAUUCUCUUCGAUACAAAUCUAUCAAAUAUCGAGCACAUGUUGAAAUGGAUGAAUAAACGUAGAUUCGACAACACCGGAAAGUAUAUCAUCACUUGUUUAUCAAAUCAAGAUUGCGAUGAAGCAAAGGCUGUGAAAAUGUUGUGGAAUUACAAAAUAGUUAAUGUUGUCUUACUCAAAACAGGAGAAUCAUCCAACGAGACAGACGUGUAUAGCUAUUUCAACACGAAGUAUGACUGUAAGAGGAUUCGGCCAACAAAAUUAGAAAAUUGGCAUUCUUGCUUAUUCGUUAAUGACGAGAAAUGUAUAAAAAUGUUUCCUUUGAAAUUAAGAAACUUACAAACAUGUCCAAUAACUGUGUCAACUUUCAAACAGAAGCCUUAUAUGAAAAUAACCAAAGGUGUUCCCUCAGGAGCCGAUGGAGAUUUGCUUCUUUUAAUUGCAGAAAAGUUAAACGCUAGUCUCGUACUGAUGACUCCACGUCGAGGCUUCGGAUGGGGUAAGCUGGAAGAGGACGGGACUUGGACCGGAUCCCUUGCGGAUAUUUACUAUAACCUGGCAAACUUUUCUAUGACGUCUGCUAGCAUCACACUCAGUCGAUUCUCACAGUUUCAAAUGUCUAUAGAUUAUAAUACAGUGAGUGUGGUCUGGGUUACCCACCCCUCAGAUUUAGAAUCUCCGUCUUUAAAGUUAAUGCGCCCUUUUAAUUUCGAAGUAAGGAUCGCUUUAGCACUGUCGUUUUUAAUUAUUGUCAUACUAGCUAUGUUCAUAAAAAGUAAAUGCAGUGAAUGCGUGUUUCGAGCAACUAAGACGAUACGACCUCGCCGCAGCCUUGUGUUCUAUUCGUGGGAACUAUGUAUGGGUUUGCCGUCUACGAGGCUACCGAAAAACUCUGCAUUCUUGUAUGUUGUUCUCUUUUGGAUUUGGUACUGCUUCUUAGUCAGAACUAUUUACACGGUAUUCCUUAUAAAAGCUUUGAAGACUAAUAAGUAUCGUUUAGACCUACUGACAAUAGAGGAUGCUAUAGCAGCUGACUACGAAAUCGGCGGCGGUUCGGCGCUAAAAGAUUACUAUAUCGAUGAACCAACAAUUUAUAACCGCUGGAUUAACUUAGAAAGCAAUGAAAUCUUUCCGAUGAUGUUUAACAUUUCUAAUGGUCAGAAGUUUGUGAUAGGAGUAAACAUGGAGACAUUUAAAUUGUUUCAAAGAAAUCUGAGCAUCGACCUGCAUAUGCUACCACAAAAGGUAAUCAGCAGCCCAACUGUGAUAUUUUUUAACAAAUUCUCACCGUUAGUAGCACCGAUUAAUACAAUUUUAACGCAAUUGAUAGAAGCAGGAUUUACUUCUAAAUUGUACAAGAAUUAUACGAAAUCGAGAUAUAGGAGUAGGUCGAGUGGGAAAAAGAAGGCAAUCAAUCUAGUGCAUUAUACCGGUUGUUACGCUAUUCUCAUCGGCGGCUGGAUUAUAUCACUCGUAUUUUUUAUACUAGAACUGGUUGCUGGAAGGUCAAGGUUUACUUCAUAAAAUAAGUAAUUAAAU